AAAAAAGAGACAGAGCUAAGCUGAAUACGAAGCAAGGAAGAAAGAAACAAAAAAACAUGAGAGAAGAGAAGGAGAAGCUGGCGCUUGUAUUAGCUGCAAAGUCAAGAUCAUUGUUGUACACUUCGUCACCUGCAAGUCCAUCUGUGUUUGCUUCUCCUAUACACACUCUUGCUUCUGUUCCUUUUUGCUGGGAGGAGCAACCAGGGAAGCCCAAGAACCCUCUUCUUCCUCUUUCUUACCCAAAAUGUCUUGGUUUGCCUCCACGCUUGCUCCUUCCCGGUGAAUUUGCUCAAGUGCCCUUGUCUGAGAAGAAGCAUGGGCUCUUUGGCUUCAUGAGGAGGAAAAGGAGAGGAGAGGUUGUUGCCAGGGGUAGUUAUGUCUUUCCGUCUGAGAAGGAGAGAGUAGGUGAGCUCAAUAAUAACAGCAACAUGAAGAUCAUGAAGUUUAACAGAUCAGGGAGUUUACAUGAUGGUGGCUCUGUGAAUGGAUCUCACUUUUGGGUAAGUUUAUGUAAGGGAAUGAAGCAGGCAAUGCCAUGGAAGAAGAAGAAGCUGAGAAGAGAAAGUCUUUGAGCAUAUUUUCAACUGCUUUACAAGACAAACACUGGUCAUCUUCUGAUCUACCUAUUGAGGAUCAAGUUGAUGCAAAAAGAGCUACUAUGCGAGUAUGUAAGACUCCCAAUAUCAUCAUAUUGUAAAAACUAAUCUAUUUGUGAUGUAUGUAUAAUGUAUGUAAACUAUAUAAUAUAAUUUCAAGACUCAUGAGCCAUGGAUUUCAAG